AUGCUGAAGGAGCAGACCACACGGGAGCACCCACCAACCACUCUCGGUGGUCGCAUAAAAGGACACAGCAUCGACCACCUAGGAGCUAUCGACGAGGACUCAAUUCCUAUGCGAGUGACGUACACAGGCACUGUGAAGUGGCAUCCUCCGGGCGUACUUGUUGUUUCCUGUGACAUGGACACAACGUACUUCCCAUUUGACAGACAGAUUUGUUCAAUCGAAUUGACGAGCUUCGGUUACACAGUCCUUGAGGUAAACCCGUUAAGUUCCCGCGGAAUGCUCACGGAUUACUUCCAGAAAAGCGGAGACUGGAGUCUGGGCCAGCUCAGCACGACCACGUCCACAUACGAGGACAACGGUCUCGACUAUGGAAAGAACAAGAACCAGCAAGCUGUGAUUCUCGUGACGCAUGAAGGCAUGAGAUUAACUCACGGAAGGAGGCCGAUAUUGAAAUACAGUUUUAAAAGUUUUAGUUCAAAUGAAAACACGAACCCAGUCCACCUGGUUUCUGCCUUUCAGAUUACGUAUGAGGUCGUCAUGGUCCGACGGUCUGAUUUCUAUUGGCUCAAUGUUGUCUUCCCUGUGAUUGUCAAUGGCAUUCUGACGAUCUUCCUCUUCCUACUGCCCGCUGAGAGCGGAGAGAGGAUUGGCUACUCUCUCACGGUGUUACUGGCAUUCGUUGUCCUGAUGACCUUACUGGCGGCAGACAUGCCAACCUCGGCCAAACACACGUCUUUGCUGGGUGAGACUCACGCAUUUAUUGUUAGGCAGUCGCAUUUACAGUAAGUUUUAAUACCACGCAUUUUGCACUCCCGUAAGCAUAGUGUAUACAGCAGCAUUCGAGAAGAAACUUGGAAUUGUAUUCACACGUGUUAAAGCCUUACACCAUUCAUUCAUGCAACACCCCAAUAAGGAACAUGAACUAUGCAGUAUUUAACACAGUAAUAUUUCAUACGAUAGGAGUUGCUCGAGAUAAUAAAUGGUAACCCCAAAAUAACCUUAUUAAAUCACGCUCGGCAAUGAUGUGUGAAAUCGAAGAAACUUAA